AUGUCGCAACCAACAAACCCACCUCGGGCGGUGGACAGCACCGAGGCAGCAGCACCUCGGGGCCGCUUCCACCAGCCCAAGCAUGGCUGGAUGCACGAGGUGCAGAAGCGCGUCGUGGGUCAGACGCCCAAGGGCAGUCCGCACGCUACGCCUCGGCCAUCGAAUGUGGGCGCUCAACGCUCUCGACCCACGUCGGAAGAGAUCGACCGCGAGACGCAGGCCAUCAUCCACCGAACCGCGCGCUACGGAGGCGACGAUCCUCGCGACCCACAAGAUCACGCAUAUGAAGAUGGUGCUGCGUCCAGCGACGCCUCGACACGCGUGCCCCCAUCCCCCACCCACCCCGAUGGCUCCAAGCCCAAGCACGCUUCUCAGAGGGAGGAGAGCGACGACACGUCCGAGCAAGGACGUCCACGCGGAAACCCGGACGAACAGGAGGACCCGAACCAGGUUGGUUGGGAUGGCCCGGACGAUCCAGAGAAUCCUCAAAAUUGGUCGCAAAAGCGCAAGUGGGCCCUCACCUUGCUCUGUUCCUUCCUUACUGUCAACGUGACCUUUGCUUCUUCAGCACCUUCCUCCGCCUCGCAGCAGCUCGCCGCCGAGUUCGACAUCGGCACUACCACCGCCACGCUCAUCACUUCCAUCUUCCUGGCUGGCUACUGUCUAGGUCCCAUCAUUUGGUCCACCACCUCGGAGCUCGUCGGACGCAAGCUGAUCUUCAGCAUCUCGAUGCUCAUGUACACGCUCUUCAUCCUCGGCCAAGCACUCGCAAAGAACCCGCAGACGCUGUUCAUCACGCGCUUCAUCAGUGGCGUAUGCGCUGCUGCUCCCCUCACCAACGCGGGCGGCGUGAUUGCCGACAUGUGGGACCCCGUCGGAAGAGGCUAUGCGAUGAGCCUCUUCUCGUGCUCCGUCUUCAUCGGUCCAGUGAUGGGACCCAUCGUGGGCGGCUUCGUCACGCAGUCCUACCUCGGCUGGCGAUGGGUGUUCUGGAUCAUGCUCAUCUUUGCCGGCGUAUGCUGGAUCGUGACGACGCUCUUCCUGCCCGAGACGUUUGCGCCCAUCCUGCUGGUGCGCAAGGCAAAGCGACUGCGCAAACUCGACCCCGAGGCCAACAAGGAGCUCUAUGCACCGCACGAAAAGAGCGACUGGUCCUUCAAAGGCGUCAUGCAUCGCACGCUACUGCGACCCUUCCAGAUCUUGGCGCAGGAGCCGAUCCUGGUCCUCAUCACCAUCUAUUUGUCGGUCGUUUACGGGGUGCUUUACGGACUAUUUGAAGCGAUUCCUAUCAUCUGGUCGGAGCUCAGAGGAUUCAACCUCGGCGAGGCGGGCCUCAUCUUUGUGGCAGUCGGGCUAGGAACGACGAUCGGUGGAGCAAUCAACGUGUUGGUACAGCGACAGUACAAGACGCUGACGCCUUUCUGGCAUGGCAUGCCGCCGCCCGAGGAGAGGCUGAUUGGGUCCAUGAUCGCAGGACCGAUUCUGGUGGUCGGCGCCUUUUGGCUCGGAUGGACGGGCAACUAUCCGUCGGUGCCGUGGUACGUGCCUGCGCUGUCGCUGAUUCCGAUCGGAAUGAGCUUCACGCUCGUAUUCAUCUCGCUGCUCAGCUACAUUGUCGACUGCUACACGGUCUACGCCGCAUCGGCAUUGGCGGCCAAUACCAUCAUCCGUUCUGCAGUCGGAGCAGCGUUCCCUCUGUUUACGAGGCAAAUGUUCACCGGUCUCGGUGUCAAUUGGGCUGCCUCGUUGCUCGGCUUUGUAGCGUUGGCGCUCACGCCGUUCCCGUACAUCUUCUUUGUGUACGGAGCCAAGAUCCGCCAGUGGAGCAAGUUUGCGCCCGCGCACGACCUUAAGAUCCGAAAGCAGCUCGAGGAGGAGGGCAAGCUGCCCAAGGACAGCCUCAACUCGACCAGCAUCAUGGAUCGCAACGGUGUCGCCGAGGCCAAGAAGGCUGCCGCCGCCAAGACCGAUCCCGAAAAGACGCAGCAGUAG